CUUAUUCAGUGAAGAUGACGAAAGAGAUUCCACCCACCUGAAUUAAUUAACUUCUCUGAUGAUUGCUAAUUUAUCGCUUCUCCCAGCACUUUUGUUUCAAAUUCAAUCCCACCAUUUACAUAUUUUAUUUGAGUUCGUCCUCAAUCUUUGAUUAAUAAACAUGGAAAAAGACAGACUAGUGCAAGAUUCAAGACUGCAAUCCAAUAAACGCACUCCACGCCAACCCACCCUCGCUGCCGGCCAAAUAUAUAUAUAAUACUCCGGUUAUAUAUAUAUGUAUGUAUACACCUCUACGUAUGACACCAUCUCCGGUUAGUCCACUCCGUACGUGCUAACUCCUCUUCUCAGCUCCAAUGGCUUCUUCUUCUUCUUCCGCCGCUUUGAACCCAACCCUCUUCCGCAAUAACAAGGGCUCGCUGCCUCCCUUCUCUACUCGCCGUCACGGGUUUCUGAAUUUUCCGUCAAACCCCACCGCCUCCUCCUCGAAGCGGAGUUUGAACUGCGAACGCCGUUUUUGCGGCGUCGGGGUGGUGAAAGCUUCUGCCACAACGGCGGAGCCGGAGGUGGCCCGUGAUCGCACCGCCGGUGAUGAAGGUAGGAGGGUUUUGAGAGUCGGACUCAUCUGCGGCGGCCCUUCCGCCGAGCGCGGAAUUUCGCUCAAUUCUGCCCGCUCUGUGCUCGAUCAUAUUCAGGGGGAUGAUUUGCAUGUCAGCGCAUAUUACAUUGACUGCAAUCUCAAACCCUACGCCAUAUCCUCUGCUCAGGUUUACUCGAACACACCUGCAGAUUUUGAUUUCAAACUCGAAAGCCUCGCUCACGGUUUCGAAUCAUUGUCUGAUUUUGUCGAACACCUUGCCACCUCCGUGGACAUAGUAUUUCCGGUUAUACAUGGCCGUUUCGGUGAAGAUGGUGGCAUUCAAGAGCUGUUGGAGAAAUCAAAUAUCCCAUUUGUUGGGACGCAGUCAAAUGAAUGUCGCAAAGCAUUUGAUAAGUAUGAUGCAUCUUCGGAGCUUGACAAACAAGGGUUUGUUACUGUACCCAGUUUCUUAAUACAGGGAAGUGAAUUGGAAGAAACUGAGCUGUCAACGUGGUUCCUCACAAAUAAUAUCGAUGUCGAACAAGGAAAAGUUGUGGUGAAGCCAACAAGAGCAGGAUCAAGCAUCGGAGUUACCGUUGCUUAUGGCGUUACCGAUUCUCUGACAAAAGCUAAUGCAAUUAUAUCAGAGGGAAUUGAUGAUAAAGUUAUUGUAGAGAUUUUUCUGGAAGGAGGUAGAGAAUUUACAACGAUCGUCCUAGAUGUGGGUUCUGGUUUUGAUUGCCAGCCAGUUGCUCUACUCCCGACAGAGGUGGAACUUCUAUCUCAUGGCAGUGCCGAUUCAAGUGAAAAGGAUAUUAUUUUUAAUUAUCGGCGGAAAUAUCUGCCGACACAGCAGGUUGCUUACCACACUCCACCUCAUUUUCCGGAAGAUGUAAUUACAAAUAUUCGUAAAGGAGCUUCUUUGUUAUUUCAACGGCUUGGCCUACGAGAUUUCGCUAGAAUCGAUGGUUGGUUUUUGCCGCCUUCUGCCCAUACUGCUUACCUCACAGGCAAUAAGUUCGGACGGUCCGAGUCGGGGACGAUAGUAUUCACUGAUAUUAACUUGAUUAGUGGGAUGGAACAAACAAGUUUCUUGUUUCAGCAAGCCUCGAAGGUCGGAUUUUCGCACUCCAAUAUCCUCCGCACAGUAAUCCAACAUGCUUGCUUGAGGUUUCCCGACAUUCGACAAGUAAGUCCCUCUCCGAGAAAAGAAUCUUCACAAACUAAUAAAGAUUUCCGAAAACAUCAAAACCCAAGGAAAGUUUAUGUUAUUUUCGGUGGGGACACUUCGGAACGGCAAGUAUCUCUUAUGAGUGGCACGAAUGUUUGGUUGAAUCUACAAUCAUUCGAUGAUCUCGAAGUGAUUCCAUGCUUGCUUGCCCCGUCAAAUGGGUACUCGUCCAAUAUGGACUCUGAUGAAACUAACUCGGGAGUAAGCUCAAGGAUGGUUUGGUCCUUACCAUACUCUGUUGUGCUCAGACAUACGACUGAAGAAGUUCUUGACGCAUGCAUCGAGGCAAUUGAACCCGUUCGGGCAGCGUUGACUUCAAGGUUGAGGAGUCAAGUAAUGGAUGACAUUCUAGAAGGCUUGAAGAAACACGAUUGGUUCAGAGGGUUUGAUAUAUCUGAUGAUUUACCAAAGAAAUAUUCGCUCGACCAAUGGAUCAAGCAAGCUAAAGCAGACGGGGCAACAGUUUUUAUUGCAGUUCAUGGAGGAAUAGGCGAAGAUGGUACACUCCAAUCGUUGUUAGAGGCUGAGGGAGUUUUUUAUACCGGACCUGGUGUCGCUGCUUCAAAGACAUGUAUGGACAAAGUUGCAACUUCCGUUGCCCUUGAACAUCUUACGGCUGAAGGUGUCCUCACAAUUAGUAAGGAUGUGCGUAAGAAAGAGGAUUUAUCGAAAAUGCAGCCGGUCGAAAUUUGGAAGGAGUUGACAUCGAAACUCCGGUCCAAAACAUUGUGCGUGAAACCAGCUAGAGACGGUUGCUCGACUGGAGUAGCAAGAUUAUGUUGUGACGGGGAUCUUGAGGUGUACAUUAAAGCCCUGGAAAACUGUCUACCACGGAUUCAACCUAAUAGUUUAUCGAAGGGGCAUGGAAUGAUUGAAAUGCCAAUUCCUCCACCAAAGCUUUUGAUAUUCGAGCCUUUUGUUGAGACUGACGAGAUAACAUUUUCGUCCCAAUUAAGUUCUGGAAAUGCAAACGAACUUCUGUGGAAAGGAAACAGCCGAUGGGUUGAAAUUACAGUUGGUGUUAUCGGAAAACGUGGGUCAAUGCGGUCGUUGACUCCUAGCGUCACUGUUAAAGAAAAUGGAGAUAUUUUGUCACUCGAGGAGAAAUUUCAAGGUGGGACUGGCAUCAACCUGACUCCACCACCUCUCUCGAUUAUAAGUAACGAGGCCCUCGAUAAAUGUAAAAACCGUAUCGAACUCAUAGCAAACACCCUCCAUUUGGAAGGAUUUUCAAGAAUCGAUGCAUUUGUGGAUGUUGAUUGUGGCGAGGUGUUAAUUAUAGAGGUUAACACAGUUCCUGGGAUGACACCUUCCACUGUCCUAAUUCAUCAGGCACUUGCAAAUCAACCUCCCAUGUAUCCUCACCGAUUUUUUCGGUCACUGCUCGAUUUCGGUUCCGAGAGAUAUUUGUAAAUUGAUUUUUUUUUUAAAUUUGUAAUCUAUCCUCUGUUUUCGAAUUUAGCCAUUUUUCUUGUUUGCGAUAAAAACAUGGAUAAUACAAUCCCUAAAAAUAUCUUCAAUAACAAGUCUAUUUCAGUGAAUGAAAAUACGGCUUUGUAGAUGCUA